CGGAAGUAGAAGACGCGUGCUGGAGAGCGGUGCAGUGCGUUUCCAACGGCUGUCAGAAUUUAACAACUUUUUGGUGUUAUUUUGAUUCAUUUAAAUAUCUGUAAUCAUAUAAAUCUGUUAUGGCUGGGAGUCGACUUGAGAAAUUCGGGACUGUCUUUACACGGGUUCGAGAUUUAAUGCGUGCUGGAGUCAUAAAGCACGAGCACAAACCUAUCUGGUUUGAUGUGUAUGCUGCUUUUCCACCUAAAAGAGAGCCUUUAUUCGAGAAACAUUUAAGAAAAGUGAGGAAACAAACAGAAGACAGUGUGCCUGAAAUCUUCUACAAGGAGGAUGAAAUCCGAGCGAAGUUUUUUGAGGUGUAUGGUAAUGGACCCAGAGCUUUUGAGCUCCUCAAGUCCAACUUUGUUUCGCCUUGUCAGAGGUUUGUGAUGAAGUACAGUGAACUAGAAAGCCGAGGUGAUGUUAAACCCGAGGCGCUGUUUGAAGAAACGGCUAAAGCGCUUCUCGCAGAGGGAGUUCUUUUAAGGAAGAGAGGAGGACCAGCUCAGAUGGCGACAGAGUCUCGUGAUCCUUUGCUGAACAUGAAGUUGACUGAAAUGUUGGCAGACCAGCAGAGAGACACUGAGACUGAGACAGAUGUUUCAGAGAAGCGGCCACAGGAGGCGGACAGCACUGACAGCCAGUCAUCAUCAAAAAUAUAACUUCUUUCUGUCAGGACAACAUAAACUGGUCUUGCCUCUGGCACAUUGACAGGCUGGUAAAUUCUGUGUUUUUUGAGGCACGAAAUGCUGGAACACUCAUAUUGUUUGUUCAGUUGUGAAGACGAUUUAUAGUCCAAACAGCAUUGUGUGUUUGUUUCCUUCUUGGUGUCAAAUGAGUGAAGCUGAAGACUGUUAAGUCAAAACUAUUUUCGCUUUAUCCUUUAUAGCCAAGCAGAUGUUGAAGAGUUUUUUCUGCUGCCUGUAUCAGACAGCCAUUUUCAUGUUCUGUGAAACAGAGCUAGCAAGUAUUCAAUUUUUUAUGUCUGUGUGUAAUAAAAUAUGUGGACUGUUUAAUUAAAGUACUUAAGAGUCCAUUAACGGCAGCAGUGAGAAGUAUCAGCAUAGUAAAUACUUAAUAAAGUAUUAUAUCUUUCCAGUUUUCUGAGUCACCCCAUAAACUUAGGAUUUACGUUCAUAAUAUAAAACUUUUCCCCCACUGUUCCAAUUUAUGCUUAUCAACGCACGCUUACAUUUAAACAUAUUUUUCAUGCUUAAGACACCGUAAUUAUUUUUUUUGCUUUUGAAUUUUGUGGUGUUUCUUCAUUUCUUCUAAAAGCGGGAACACAAGAGCAGAUCUGAGUAGACAUUAUUUAAUAUCUAGUACGUCUAAUGUACUCUAAGGUUAGAUCUUGUUAUUCAAUACAAUGUUAAAAUGACAAAAUAUACAGUCUUCCGACCUAAAAACGUGACAUUUUGAAAAUAGAUUUGUUGUUACAUAGACUGGGUGUAAUGCCCUCAAAAAAAAUUGUCCACAAUGUUUAUUGUAGAAUGUAUUUUUAUUACCAAAAACAGGAUGUGGCAAAGGAAGGCAGGAAGGUGUGGAAUCUGUAAACUGGGAAUAGGCAAAUUCAGUCCUGAUGUUAUUACAACCAAGAAUGAAAUAUUUGUAUUCUUUAAAGAAAAUUUGUUAUGUAAACCAUACGCAAUGGCCAGAGUUAGGAAAGGAUGCGUUAAUAGAUUUGACAGCAGUAAUUGAUGCCAUGUAUAAAAGCUUUGACUACUCAACAAUUUUGUAAAUAAGAAAUUUAAUCAUAAAUGUUCAACUUUGUAAAUGGAAUAAUGUGCAAAAGAUGACUAAACUGUACUAAAACUUUAAAGAUAAACA